UGGUGCAUUGUGGGUUUCGGAGGUUGCUGGGUUGUCAUAGCGUUGUGCCGGGAAGGUGGUGCCGAGCGAGUUUCAUCAAAGUUUGCGACUUUCCUUCGGUCGUGUGAGUUUGCAAAAUUUCAGAAGUUGAAAACAGAUCAUUUGUCAAGGGGUAUAGCGGAGGAAGGAGUUUCAGGUUCUGGUGGAUGUCCAGUGUGCCAAGUGUCAGAAUGGAGGCUGUGGCACAGUGCGAUGUACCUGUUGCUAUCCUUCAGAAUCGGAUCAAAGCUGCCAAGGACCCCAAGGAGAUGGCAACGCUGCAGAACGACCUGGACAAGCUUCUUGAGACAAGGGAGCUGAUCCAGCAGACAGUGCAGCAGAUCGUUAAACUGGCUACAGACUCUGAGGAACAGGCUGAACGUAUUCUCGCAACUAAACAGCACCUCACGGAGAGGGAAAACUAUUACGCUGCAGUGGAAUAUUUCCGAGUUCAGUGCUUUGACUGGCACAAGCAGGAGUAUGAGUAUGCUCGUCACCAGCUGAGUGCCUUUGUCAAUUUGUGUGAAGAACGGGUCCCACUGACACGGAUCAAAGAAGCAAUUGACCAAAUGAGCAAGAAGCUGAAGAAGUGACAGUGGAAACCCCUUCCCUCCGUUUAAUGGAGGCAGGCAUCUCCCUCUCUUGUUUUAUGUCUUGCAAAUGGAAUCAAAAAAAGUUUGAAGCUGCUAGGUUUUCUCUCUCUCGAGCUGCUGUUUAGGCCAGAUUAUUCAGAAAAACUGGAUGGGAGGUCGGUACUGACCAGCAAGUCACCUGGCGCAAAUUCAAAGCACAAAGAACUCUCAUACCUUCUUUUAUACAUGACAUGCACUGAAAAUAUAACUGCUUAGCAUUCAUAAAGUAAAUUCUGUUAUAUAACAUGCUUUGUUAAUGUAAUAUGUACUUAUUUGUGAUGUCAAACUCUGAAUUCUUGAGAUAUGCAAAAGGAUAGACUGUUUGCCUUCUAGGCCAUGUCCAUUUUAUAUUGUGCUUUGCAGGACAGAUUCGGUAUCAGUGGUCCCACAAAGAUAAACUGCGUGGCUUGAUGGACACACUAGUCAGGACCACUCAGUUUUGCAUACAAAGGCCUACUAUUGUUACUGGGGCAGUGUCUUUAUUUAGAUGAUCAACUUAUUGCUUUGAGAGGGUGAAGCAUUUGAUAAAGUGAGUGACAGCAUUCUGUCAUCUAUCUGUAAAUGAAAGGAAAUUUUUCAACAAAAAUUGCUUGAUGAUUGUGUCACUUUAAAAUGCCAACACUUUUUCAAGAACAUGAAAAAUGUAUUGAGCUCAAAUGUCAAUGUACUGUUUGAUUAAUUUCACCAUAUUCUGUAAUUUUAUCUUUGCGAAAUGUAUCAGUUACCUCCUGAAAUAAUUUCUAUCAAUUCCUUUAUUUGUUUCAUUAAUACUGAUUGAACACAGGCUUGUCCAGGCUUCUCCAUGAUUGGAGGAUCUAUCUUUCUAUGAAUUGGGCUCCCUAAUGUUUCAGUUGAGUCUCUUGAUUUUUGAACUUCUGAAUGCAGUAGCCAUUUUGCCUGGCUUAGUUCACACAUCCACUACUUGAAUAUUUUGGUUCAGUCAAAGUCUGUUUUCAAAUAGGAUCAGAUCUGUUAAUCUAAACUUAUCACUUGGUUUCAGAAGUUCCAUUUGACUGUCUACAUCACCUUUCCAUUUGACAGAGUACACAACAAAAAUAUUGGAUGAGUAAAGGCCAUUCAGUCCUUCAAAUUUAUGCCAUCCAGAGUCCACAUCUGAUUGGACCAUCAAGGAUCUCUGUCUCACAUUGUGUCAAAAUCCCUGCAUUUGAAAAUGUCAAUUUCCUUUAGAGAUCUCCUUCAGCAAUUUAAAAGCAAAAAAGUGUCAUCUCUGAAGAAGGGUCCCAACCCAAAAUAUCACAUUUCCUGUUCCUCUGAUGCUGCCUGGCCUGCAGUGUUCCACCAGCUCCACACUUAUCUCUGACUCCAGCAAUUGCAGUUCUUGCUGUCUCCAAGUGUCCUUCAUAUCUGUUCAGCCUUCAACUUCCUUUCUCAACAGAUGCAGGCAAACCUUGAAUUAAAUAUCAGUUGAUCUCAAACCCAUUUUAGGUGAUUUUUUGUUUUCUCUAAUCUUGAUUUUAGUGCAACAAUAUAUAUUCUCAAAACCACCCAAUUUGAUCUACUGUGUCCGUACUUACAGCCUGCAGGGUAAUGUCCAAAUCAAACUGUUUAUUGACUUCAGCUUCUUGAUACCUUCCACUAAUUUGAAGGUUAAGUCAUUGUCACCUUGGAACACCUUUAAAUUGUUGUAUUUAACCAUAUUUGUAUCUCUACUUGUCUCUGAACUUAUGGUACCGAUAGAAUUCAUGUUUUAGCUCAUUAUGAAGCUCCUGAGCUGUGAUGGAAAAUAUCCUUUUGUUUGGAAACAUCAAUAAUAUUUUGAAACCAUCUAUAAUAGUUACAAAGGUAUGCAAAAAAACCUUUUUACUAAUGUUUUUCUCUUCAUUUCCUAUAAUGAUUGCACUUUUAAAGUGAUUAUUUGGCUGAGAAGCACUUUAAGAUAUUAUGAAAGGGUUAUGAAAGAUGUUUUAUAAAUUUAUUUGUUAUCACUAAUUUUGUUUUAAGUAAAUGACUUGGG